AGAAGCAAAGAAUCUAACCCAAAUUGCUUUGUGAAAGCUUUUCGGUGGUAUACACAGGAGCACCACCCGCCCCCAAGCCGGGAGCUGCCUAACGAGAGGACCGACCUAGUCGGGUUCUCCACGUGGCUGGACAAGAAAUACGACGAGUUCAUGCUGGAUAAGCAUGCGGAGCAGAAAACCUUCCAGCUCAAGCUGAAGCAGACUUCCAUUCUGGAGGCGAACAAAAACAGCGCCAGCGCGGUUCAUGAUGUACGCGUUAAAAAAAGGUUUGCUAGAAUGAAAAGUCCCUGGAGAAAAAGACGUCGUUCAGUAACUAGUAAAGAAGCUGGAGACGUGUUGGAGAAGUGUAACCAAAGCUUUGAAUUUAUCAUGAAACCAAAGGAAUUGAGUCGACCGACAUCGGAAUGUUGUAACCAUGUAUCAUGCAAUCGGUCAAAUGCCUCUUCUGAAACACAAAUAUCGAAGAAGACUUUCGUUAAAUCGCACAGCUCUGAUAGGACCGUUUACGAAAAACAAAAUGUUACGCCAAUAGAAGUGAUCAAGCCUGAAGGUAGCAAUGAUAAAACUGUGAAGCUAUCACGAUCUAAAUCGCAAAUGAAAACUAAAUCCAAAGCGCCAACGAAAGAGAUGAAAGAUGUCGAAUGUCAGUGUCCUGAAGAAAAAUUUGAGAUCUCAGACGCGGACAUACAAUGCGACAUCAUUGACAGAAAAGCAUUGGUAGAGUCUCCUAUGUCUGACUAUAGCGGCAACCAAUAUUAUAUGAGAGAACAUACAAGCAAUGCUGGAAAAUUAAGUGCAAAUUCUUCUCAGGUUGGUGCCGAAGAUGGAUCAAACCCAAAAAAGUUUAGAGCGAUGCAUCCUCUUCACAAUGCAAGAUCCGAGACGAGUACAUCGUGUCAGUGUUCUGAAAUAAUGAUUGUGAAGAGAGAUGUGCAAAGCCAGCACGUAAGGGAGCAGGUGGAUGCAACGUGCUGCUGCUGCAUCAGCUGUGAAUUCAAACCCCUGAGCCGAGCCUCGUCGAGCCACCAGAAUCAUCCCCGAAUUGUUGUGAGACCAAGUUUAAAACAACAACCACCACAUCCAAUCGUAAUAAAAAAUGCGGGAUCUGAUGGGACCAAAGAAUUUAUCCCUUUGCCUAUUCCUGCUGAAUACGAACAUGGAGAAGCGCAGACCUCGGAUCAUUCGAUAUGCCUGGAUAAGAACACAUACCCACUCUUCAUGAAAAUCAUUUGUGCGGAUAAAUUAAAGGAAGAAAUGAUUCGCAAGUGAUUUCAAAAUCAUGGUUUCUUACAAAAUUUUAUAAAAUAUAUAUGCAUU